AUGGUGUUGGCUAAGUCCAAAAACUCAGUGGGACUGGGCAACAGUCUCAUGAAUGAUCGUUUUGGCAAGGGAAAAGCCUCAAGCCAGAAAAAGGCCUCGCACAACAAUGCUAUUGCCCGCAAGAAUAUGCUGGGUGAGACCUACAUCACAAAUGAAGCCCAGGAAGCAUCAUGGGUGAAGAUGCGUUCGAUCACCGAACAAGCCGCUCUCGAUGAAUUCCUCAGCACCGCCGAGCUGGCAGGUACCGAUUUCACCGCUGAAAAAAUCAACAACGUCAAGAUCAUUCACUCUGAUCAGAAGAACCCGUACCUCCUCUCCGCCUCUGAGGAGAAGAACGCCGUCAAGAAACAUGAGAAGAACAAGGGACGCCUGACUGUACCCAGACGACCAAAGUGGGACUCUACGACGACACCGCAACAGUUGGAAACGAUGGAACGUGAAAGUUUGUUGAACUGGCGUCGUGGCCUCGCGGAGCUGCAGGAAAAUAACGAUCUCUUGAUGACUCCCUUUGAGCGCAACUUGGAAGUUUGGCGUCAACUAUGGCGUGUCAUUGAGCGAUCUGACCUUGUGGUGCAGAUUGUCGAUGCUCGUAACCCUCUCCAAUUUCGCUCCGAGGACUUGGAAAACUACGUCAAGGAGAUUGACCCCCGCAAGAAGAACUUGCUACUCGUCAAUAAGGCCGAUAUGUUGACUCAGAAGCAGCGGGAAGCAUGGGCUGACUACUUCGAGAGACACAAUAUCAAUUUCCGUUUCUUCUCAGCUCAUCUGGCCAAGGAGAAGAUGGAGGCUGAGAUGUUGAAAGAGUCUCAAGAGGAUGAGGAUUUGGCGAAGUCUACUAAGAACUUGAAGGUUGAAGAUGAGGAGGAGAAGGACGAGGAGGAAGAACUUGAGCAGGAGGCUGGCGAGGAAUUCGCUGCAGCGCUUGCCGACCCCGAGAAGUCAUUAGGCCCACACAUUCUUGAUGUCGAUGAGCUGGAAGCGCUUUUCUUGGCCAACUCGCCGGAGUCUUUGGCAGAUGGAUCAAACCCCGAUGCUCCAGCCAAGGGCAAGACUACUAUCGGUCUGGUCGGCUAUCCGAAUGUCGGUAAAUCGAGUACCAUUAACGCCUUGUUGGGAGCCAAGAAGGUGUCGGUUUCUGCCACCCCCGGUAAGACCAAGCACUUCCAAACGCUUUACCUGUCUCCGGAAAUCAUGCUUUGUGAUUGUCCUGGUCUUGUUUUCCCCAACUUUGCGACGACUAAGGCCGACUUGGUGGUAAAUGGUGUACUUCCGAUCGAUCAGCAACGCGAGUUCACAGGUCCCGCUGGACUGGUUGCCCAGCGUAUCCCCAAGCACUUCAUUGAGAAUCUUUACGGCGUGAAGAUCCGCACUCGUCCCAUCGAGGAGGGCGGUACUGGAAUCCCAACUGCCAGCGAGCUUCUUCGGGCAUAUGCGCGAGCUCGUGGUUUCUCGACGCAAGGUCUUGGACAACCGGAUGAGUCUCGCGCUGCGCGAUAUGUGCUGAAGGACUACGUAAACGGCAAACUCCUUUUCGUCCAUCCGCCACCCGUGCCAUUGGGCGAGACCCCCACCGACCCUCACGCUUUUAAUUAUGAGCUGUACGAUAUUGCCCAUCUCCCUCCUAAGCGCCAGGCACUACUUGCCAAGACCACCGUGGACCCCGACAACGACCCAAUCGCCAACAAUGAGCUCGAAGUUGUCGCUGCCGAGCCUGAUAUCUCACAGUUCACAGCCCCGCCAGUUGAUAAUGCACCUGGCCUGCGAUCACGCACCCUCGACAGUGGCUUCUUCGGCACCGCUACCGGCCCCUCCGCUGGCCGUAUUAAUAUGCCUUUCAACCACAAGUACACCGAACAGGGUCAGCAAAUUCGCCAAAACCUCACUGGACGCAAGGAACGAAUGAUGAUCGCCCUAGAGCGGGGUGUGGAUGUGUCCGAGGUUCGAGGCACGGCCAGCUCGAAGAAGCACUUCAAAGGCAACAAGCGUCGUGCCAAGGCUAAGCGCAACAAUGGCGAGGAGACCGAGGAUUUCUACUAA